AUGGGGAGGCUGUUUGUGGUGAAUCUCGAGGGCAAAGUCUAUAGCUGCAAGCACUGUGGAACUCAUCUUGCUGUUUCUGAGGAUAUACUCUCCAAGGCUUUCCAGUGCAGACAUGGGAAGGCUUACCUCUUCAAUAAGGUAGUGAAUGUUACUUCUGGGAAGAAUGAAGAUAGAAUGAUGACGACUGGCUUGCACACUGUUGCAGACAUUUUCUGUGUCCGUUGUGGGUCAAUUGUUGGCUGGAAAUAUGAAACUGCUUAUGAGAAGGAUCAGAAGUACAAAGAAGGGAGAUCAGUCCUUGAGAGGUUUAAGAUUUCCGGUCCGGAAGGAAACAACUACUGGAUCAACCAUGAAGCGCGCGUCGCAGGAAGCGAUGCGGAUGAUGUUUGAUAUCCAUUUCGGAUCCGAUUUCAUAACCACCUGUACAUUCUCCAAUCUCCCCCAUUGUUCUUGUUGAACUUUUGGAUUCUGAAACUGAUAAUUAAGUCAUUUGACACCUUCUAUAGCUUGCUAAGUAUCAUGUAUGAAUCUUAGAAUCAUUUAUCCUUAUCCAUAUUGUGAACAUUGUUUAUAAGUUGUUGAAGUUGCGUAGUUCAGUAUGCUUAGCCAGACACCUAACUCAUCAUUGAAAAUGUGAAACCUAGUAAUCCAAUAAUGAUAUGAUGUCAGUUUCUUAUCAA